GGACCACAAACAGAACCGCUGGAUUUAACAAUGUCAAGAGUGUGUGGUGGACGGAUUGAACCACCAGAUGCAUCAAUAGCAGAAACAAGUGGGGGACAAGCGGAACUCAGCGAAACUGAUCAGGAAGAUGCAGCAAGGUCAUUGAACUUACCAAUUCAAGAAGCGAGUAGGGAACAAACAGGUGUAGGAGAUAUGCCGAAGAAAAUCUGGUUUAUGAAGUAUCAAAAUGAAGCAUCCAACAACCAAAUACUCAGAAGGAAACAUCCGGAAAAACGAUUCAUACAG